CUGGCUGAGCUGAUCCGCUUAGGAGGCGCGAGAGACGAGCUGUUGAAGCUCCGGGUGUCGCGGGUGCUUUCGGGCUGCUUCUACCUUGGAGGAUCCGGAGGUCCAUGGCCUCGACAACGCUGGCCUGUCGCCCCUUGCUGCAUGUAUUCGCUAGUGGCUGAGCCUUAACUAGCAGCUUUGCUGCCAACGGAGACCUCAGUUAUGUCCGCACAUCUCGCGGGCUGCCGGUCGCGUCCUUUUCCCCUUUGAGUGUUGUGACUGUUCGCAGCUGAGGUCCACAAGACGCGCUGCGUUGUUUCUAUGCUGUCGGAAUCCGAGGGGGACUUGCACGUGUUGGGUUGGUCAGGCAUUGCCAGCCUUGGGAUUCUUUUCAGUCCCUCCGUCCCCUCCCUCCUUCUAGAUGGCUUGCAAACAUGUUAAAACGAUUUCCAUAACGCCGUUGGAAGGCACCAGGUCGAGGUUCAAGGGUGAUGGAUACUAUUCUACCCAUUCUGCCUUGCCAAGAUUGAAUAAUGGUUUUUGUCAAAGAACUUUGCAGAGCUGCUAGUGUGUGCAAUUCUCAAAAGUGCCUUGAACAAAGUUAGACACCUUACCAGCAACAUGGUGCUAUCGUUUCUUUUGCUCAUCUUUGCCUUGUCCAUAGCCUCUUCCUGGUCUGAUGACAUUCUCUACCAUGACUAUUGUAUUAUUGGGGCUGGCCCUUCAGGCUUGCAGAUGGCCUAUUUCCUUCAACAUGCAGGUCGGAACUAUGUUGUCUUUGAACGUAGAAAUACACCAGGGUACUUUUUCACCUUGUAUCCCCGUCAUCGAAAAUUGAUCAGCAUCAAUAAACGUUACACUGGCAAAUCAAACAGUGAAUUCAACCUUCGCCAUGAUUGGAACUCAUUGCUUAGCCACAAUAACCAACUGCUUUUUCAACACUACUCUCAGGAUUUCUUCCCUGAUGCUGAUUCUAUGGUGCAUUAUCUGGCUGAUUUUGCUUCCAAACUAGACCUCCAUGUGCACUAUAACACAUCCAUUGUACUUGUGAUGCUGGAAAAAGAUCUUAAUGCUUGGAAUGGUCAUUACUUCAUCCUCAGAGACCAAAAUGAUCAGAAUUACAAAUGCAGUGUUCUUUUGGUGGCCACAGGUAUGUGGGUUCCUCACGAAGUGAACUUUCCAGGUUCAGAAUAUGUUGAAGGUUAUGAAUCUGUGUCAAUCGAUCCAAAAGAUUUUGUUGGACAGUCUGUAUUGAUCUUGGGUCGGGGAAAUUCUGCCUUUGAAACAGCAGAGAACAUUCUGGGUGUCACCAAUUUUGUACACAUGGUAGGCCGAUCUCGAGUUCGUCUUUCUUGGGCUACUCAUUACGUUGGAGAUCUGAGAGCAAUUAACAAUGGGCUCUUAGAUACAUACCAGUUGAAGUCUUUGGAUGGACUUAUAGAAGGUGAUCUAGAAGACUUAGUUCUCAUCAAAGACAGAAAAGGAAAGCUGCAUAUCACCCUUCGGUACUAUUUGGAGAACAGCAAUAGCAGUGACCCAGAAUCUGUCACUCUUCCACAGGAUGAAUUAGACAACUUUGCCACUCGUGCACCUUAUGACCGUGCCAUUCGCUGCCUGGGUUGGAAGUUUGACUUUGCCAUAUUCAACAAGUCUCUUGGUUUGAUGCAUGGCAAAGGCAGUAAGAAGAAGUAUCCUUUGAUCAAGCCCAGCUAUGAAGCCAAAGCUACUCGAGGUCUCUUUCUUCUCGGAACUGCAAGCCACUCAGUGGAUUUCAGGAAAUCUGCUGGUGGUUUUAUUCAUGGCUUCCGAUACACAGCCCGUGCAGUUCAUCGCUUACUAGAAGUCCGUCACCACAAAGUGCCCUGGCCAGCCUCCAACAAUCCGGUUGUGCAGUUAACAAAUGCUAUUGUCAGGCGGGUGAAUGAGGCAUCUGGGCUCUAUCAGAUGUUUAGCGUGUUGGCAGACAUCAUUUUGCUGAAAGAGAAUGCUACAAAAUUUGAAUACCUGGAGGAGUAUCCAAUUGGAGUCCUACAAGACCUGGAAUGGCGCACAGGAAGAAAGGUGCAGGAUGGACUUUUUGUCAUUGUGAUGGAGUAUGGAAAGAACUUCUCUGGUCCUGACAAGGAUGUCUUCUACUAUAACCGUGCAGUAGGAGAGCCAGAGCAUGCUUGGCAGUCUAACUUCCUGCAUCCUGUAAUUUAUUAUUAUAAGCAACUUCCCACUGAACGAGAAAUGAGACUUUGCCCACCAGAUUGGCCCUUGCCUCGCCCAGACGCAAUCCAUCAUAUUGUGGAAGAUUUCCUGACUGACUGGACUGCACCAAAUGCACAUGUCCUCCCACUGAGACGUUUCUUGGAGAAUUGCCUUGAAACUGAUUUGCGCAGAUUCUAUGCAGAAUCCUGCUUUCUGUUUGCCUUCACUCACUUGAAGCUGCCUCCCUUCUGCCAGCAAGGAUACAUGAGAAAGCAAGGGCUUGUGGGAACUGAAAAGCUUCAGCAUCACAGAAUAGCAGCAGAGUUGAUUGAACAUACAGCUAUGAAGUCUCAAGGUGAACAAGAGAGUAGUGCUAUGCAAUCCCACAACCAGCUGCUGACAAGUACAAAGAUAUCUAGUCAUCAGCUGCAACAUCUUACAACCACCAAGGAUGAACUUUAGCUUCCACCCAACUAUUUCAAAAUUCACAAGCGUUACAGCCACAAUACAUGGCAAA